UACUGGAUUGACGACCACUGGGUCUGGCACGAAGGGAUGCUUGGCUUUCCACAUAUUACUGGCCGUCAUACUGGUGAUCACCUUGCGGAGAUACUAUUCGAAAUCUUACAAGAGUUCGAGAUUGAGUGCCGAUUGACUGCAAUUACGUGCGACAAUGCCUCGAACAAUAAGACCCUACACAAUGCGAUUCCCGACUCGGAGAUAGGAGAGGAUGAGGAGGAGGCAAUCGCGGAGCAUGAUCGAGCUAGCCGUCCCGAGCGAUUUCCCUGCUUUGCACAUACUGCCCAGCUUCCCUUAAAGGCCUUUUUCGACCGCCUAGGGCUCUGUCCGACUAACGACCUUUCCGAAUACUGGGAUCACGAGAAAGAUCGGCAGAUAUUACAGAGGAGGAGAAAACAGAGUAAGCAGAUCAGCCGCCCUCAAGCUGAUAGUAUGCCUUACCUCCUUCUGAAGAUCCGGAAACUUUGCGUCUUUAUCAACUCGAGCUCUCAAAGGUUCGAGCAGUUUAUCCACCUGCAGAAAGAGAUGCUUCAAAAGAAGGAGCCAUUUGCAAAGCACCGUCGGUGGAAUGGCGUUCAAGAUCGGAUCCUAAGGGUCGUUCAAGACGUGAAGACAAGGUGGUCCUCAACAACGUUAAUGCUCGAUCGCUUCAGCAGACUGCAAAGAGUUAUCGAAUCUUAU